AAUAGUCCUUUUUCUCUGUGUAUAAUUUCAUACAUCUCAACGCUCAUUUAACUUUCAUUGGGUAUCGCCAACAACAUGGGUCAAGUCCAAAGCGAGGCAGUUGAUGAAGCUCGAUCUGAACCCCAACACUCGUCAUCAUCACCACCACCUGCAACCUCCAUGGACUCGCUUCUUGCUGAAGCUGCUGCAUAUGGUGAUGAUGAGAAUGAGUCUCUUGAUGUGAAGGCUCAGAAAGCAUUAGAGUGCCCUUGCAUAGCUGACUUGAGAAGUGGCCCAUGUGGGGAACAGUUCUCAGAGGCUUUUCUCUGCUUCUUGAAAAUUACUUCUGAGGAAAAGGGCUCAGAUUGUGUGCAUCCAUUUGUGGCUUUGCAGAAUUGUAUCAAAGCUAACCCUGAUGCAUUUUCUAAAGACAUAGUAGAAGAAGAUGAAGUCAAGAAAGAGGAAGAGCCACCUCAAGCUGGAAAAAUUAUUCCACCCAUAUGGUUGGCGAAUCCGCAGAGUCCAAAGCCCAAGCUUUAGGGAGAAGAUAAAAGAUUCUUCAUUUUCAGUUUUUUCACCCUUUCUAGUUUCCCUUAAACUAUAUAAUAUAGAUUUUUCAUAAUGUAAACCUUAGAUUUAAGUGGUUAGAAAAUGCAUUGGUCACUCAUUAACCAAUUCACUGAUUAAAGAUUUCAUGCUUGGGAGCUUUCUCAAACCCUUAAUCAA